AUGUCUCAUGGAGUUUUUGGUUGCAAGACUUUUGCAGUAUUCAAGAUUUUUUGGUUCUGUCAUUCUUCAUGUAUAUUAAAAGAAGUUUUAAGAACAAUAACUUUAAGAAUUGAUAAAAUAAUGCAGAAUUUUAGUAUUGUCGAGAUUUUGGAUAUUAUUCUGGAUGUUGAGAUUUUGGAUGUUAUUUUGGAUGUCAAUAAUUCUUCACAAUUUUCACAAGGAUUCUUGCUGCUCGACUAUAGCCAAGAUAAAUUACAAGAGGAUUUAAUAAAUGUUAAGGACAUGAUUUCAUUAGAUGAUGAAAAAGAAUAUGAGAAUAAUCCCAUAUUCAACUUAAAGCAAAGCCUAUAUAAAGAAUCUGCUAAGGGAUUGCAAAAAUUAAUUGGUGUCUGGAAAAUUGAUAAAGAUGCUGCUAAUAAUGUUAAUAAAGAACUUUAUUAUUUUGAUGUAUGUUUAAGACAUUUUAAUUAUGAUCAAAAUACUGUGUAUAGCAAAAAUUUAAAAGACAAAUGCUUGACUGAAAAAAGUAAAGCAGACCCAGAAUGCACUGCAAUGCAUUUAGGUGAUACUAAAACUACGCUUCUUUAUUUUGCAAAGCUAAUUGAAAUAGUGGCAUACUCAGAAAAUAAUAUAAUAAAAAAGAAUAUACUUCAAAACCUCAUUUCAUGCAUAGAAAAUUUUAAUCUGGAUUUAUCUUCUGCAUCAUCUAGCAAAUUACUCAGCUUGUUUGUUGUUAAUACAAUUCUCAAAAUUAAAAAAAUUGAUUUUUCCAAACAACAACUUAUACAAAAAUCCAAAAAAUAUAAAGAAUUUAGAAAAUCACUUGCCCUUGAAGUUUUAAAAUUACAUACCAGCUUAGCAUAUUAUAAGUCAAUAUUAGAAAGUCCUGAUUCUUUGCAGCAGUAUUAUGAAGUAAUACCAAAAUGCUUAACAAGCCUUUUUGAUAGUUUAAUUCAUACUUUGCUAUUUCAAAAAUAUAAAAUUGUUAGACAAAAACAAAAAGAAUGCAAAAGCAUUAUAACUGAAUUUGAUAAAAGCGAAAUAGUGAAAAGCACAGCAUACUUGUCUUCUAUAAUUUUAACAACUUUUGAAAUGCCUAAUAUUAAUAUAGCACCAUUAGCUAGUGAUGUUGAAUUGUGUAGAAAAAAUCCAUUUGUAGAAAAAUGGUUAAUGACAGAAUAUCUGAUAGAGUUUACUAUAGAUGAAAUAAACAUUGCACUUAAAGAAGCAGUAGAAAGCAGAUGCAAGACUUCACCAAAUGUUAUCAUUUUAGAAGCUGGACCUGCUCCAAACAGCAAUCUUGCAGUUCAUAAAACUUGCAAAAUAUAUAUAGAAGAUCUAAAUUUGAAUCAAGAAGACUCGUUAGACAUUGCAUAUAAUAAACUAGUAAAUACACUUUACAAAGCAAUUACCUCUAAUGAACCUAAAAAGCAUCCACUGUUUGAGAUCUCUAGUCAAUUAACAUCUGCUGAAUAUGAAUGCAUAUUUAAUUAUUAUAAUAAAAAGUUAGUUAGAAUUACAAGGAUCAUUAAACAAGAUAUUUUAAAAAUAGAAAAAUGUGAUACAAGGGGACAAAGAUCAAAGGAUUUGGUACCUUACUAUAUUGAAAAAAAGGCAGCUAAAAGUAAAAAGUGA